GCUCCUUGCCGCUCUUUGAUUUGCAAGGAAGGAAAUAAGACGUCUCGGAGCAGCAGAAGCAGCAGCUGCUGGCAAGAUGUGCCGACAAAAUUGAGCAGCGAGAGCUCUCCAAUCUGCUUGGCCGCCGGGGCUGGACCUCCUCCUGGAAGAGGAGCGGCGGCGGCGAGCGGGAGGAUGAGCAGCCCCUCCAUGCCCGGGAAGAUGGAGGCGAAACCUUUGUUCAACGUGCAGAAGGCUCUGGUGCAGCCCGUGCAGAUGUGCAUGUUGGAUAUCCCCCUGAGCGUGCAGGAUGAUGAUAGCUCCACACAGGAGAUCGGAGAAGAGCUGGAGGAUGGUGUGAUCUACAGCAUAUCGCUCCGGAAAGUGCAGCUCCAUCACACGGCCAACAAAGGACAGCGCUGGCUCGGGUUUGAGAACGAGUCUGCCUUAAACCUGUACGAGACGUGUAAGGUGCGAACGAUAAAAGCUGGGACCUUGGAGAAGCUGGUGGAGUACCUGGUCUCGGCCUUCAAGGGCAAUGACUCCACUUACGUCACCAUCUUUCUGUGCACUUACCGGGCCUUUGCCACCACCAAGCAAGUACUGGACCUGCUGCUCAACAGAUACGGCAAACUCCAUGUGCAGGCGAAUGGGGACCACGCCAGGCAUGCUGUGGAUGAGAGGAUGGAGCUGAAGAACACCAUUUCCUCCAUCCUGGGUGCCUGGCUCGACCAGUACUCUGAGGACUUCCGCAAGCCCCCAGACUUUGCCUGCCUCAAGCAGCUCAUCUCCUACGUGCGCCACAACAUCCCCGGCUCAGAUCUGGAGCGCCGAGCCCGCAUCCUGCUGGCCCAAUUUCAGCAGCAAGAACACAGCGAGACUGAGGCAGAAGGUGGGGGGCUGUUCCCCACUCACCGUGGACCAUUUGGGGCUGCCUGUGGGGAGAGUGCUGUGGACCAUGGUGGCUGCACGUUCCAGCUGGUGGAGGAGAACGGGCUCGGGGAGGGGAAGUCGGACUUCCUCUCCUUCUCUCCAGAAAUGGUGGCAGAGCAGUUCACGCUGAUGGACGCUGAGCUGUUUAAGAAAGUGGUGCCUUACCACUGCCUGGGCUGCAUCUGGUCCCAGCGAGACAAGAAAGGCAAAGAGCAUCUGGCACCCACCAUCCGUGCCACCGUCUCGCAGUUCAACAGCGUGGCCAACUGCGUCAUCGCCACGUGUCUCGGAGACCGAUCGCUGAAGCCGCAGCAGAGGGCAAAAGUAGUGGAGCGGUGGAUUGAAGUGGCUCGGGAGUGCCGCAUCCUGAAGAACUUCUCCUCCCUCCGAGCCAUCCUCUCAGCUCUGCAGUGUAAUGCAGUUCACCGGCUAAAGAAGACCUGGGAUGAGGUCCUCCGAGAGAGCUUCCGCACUUUCCACGAGCUGUCAGAAAUCUUCUCCGAUGAGAACAACCACUCUCUGAGCCGGGAACUCCUCAUUAAGGAGGGCACGUCCAAGUUCGCCACCUUGGAGAUCAACCCAAAGAGGGCCCAGAAGCGGCAGCAGCAGCAGCGAGAGAUGGGUGUGAUGCAGGGCACCAUUCCCUACCUCGGCACCUUCCUCACAGACCUGGUGAUGCUUGACACUGCCAUGAAAGACUUCCUCGACGGAGGGCUGAUCAACUUUGAGAAGAGAAGGAAGGAGUUUGAAGUCAUUGCCCAGAUCAAGCUGCUUCAGUCGGCCUGCAACAACUACAGCUUCACGCAGGAGGACCAUUUCGUGGACUGGUUCCACGGCCUGGAGCGGCUGAGCGAGGCCGAGAGCUACGGGCUGUCGUGCGAGAUCGAGCCGCUGUCGGAGUCGGCCAGCAACACGUUGAAGGCAAAGAAGAACACGGGCAUCAUCAAGCGAUGGAGCGACCGGCAGCCGCCAAGCGCCGAGCCCUGUAGCAGCGGCAGCUCCCACUCGAAGUCCUUCGACCAGCUCAAGUGCGGGCAGUACUUGUGCAGCGGGGACGCCACCGACUCGGUGAGCGUCACGUCCGCCGGCUCCAGCAGCUCCGACGUGGAGGAGAUCAACAUCACCUUCAUCCCCGAGUCCCCCGACUGCCAAGAGAAGAAGGUACGGGGCAGCCCGCAGGGCCCGGCCCGCGCCCCGGGCGUCAGCAGGCAGUUCUGGGAAUCCACCUCUCUCUCCUCCCUGGACACAUCGGGGAUCGGCUCAGGCUCCAGCAGUGCCUCAUCCUCUUCUGUCUCCUCCACGCCGGUGACGGCCUCCCGCACCCACAAGCGCUCGGUCUCCGGCAUCUCCAGCUACUCAUCCCUCUCGCUGCCCCUCUACAACCAGCAGGUCGACGACUGCUGCAUCAUCCGCGUCAGCCUGGCCGUGGACAACGGCAACAUGUACAAGAGCAUCCUGGUAACGAGCCAAGAUAAGACCCCGGUCGUUAUUCGCAAGGCCAUGGCCAAACACAACUUGGAUGGGGACCGGCCUGAAGACUACGAGCUUGUCCAGAUCAUCUCGGAGGAGAGAGAGCUGAAAAUCCCCGACAACGCCAACGUCUUCUACGCCAUGAACUCGGCCGCCAACUACGACUUCGUGCUCAAGAAGAGGGGCUUCUCCAAGGGGGUGAAGAUCAAGCACGGCUCCAGCUCCACCCUGCCCCGGAUGAAGCAGAAGGGCCUGAAGAUCGCCAAAGGCAUCUUCUAGCCGCAGCCCCGCUGCCACCCCUCACCGACGGGGCCUUGGGGGGGGCCGGCUGCUCCGGGGCCACCUUGGCACCGCCCGGCACGGCGAGAGGAGCCGCCCCGGCCCGCGGGACGCGGCAACGCGCCCCCCUUCCAGGGAGCCUCCGAGGCCUGGGGCGCCCGGCCGCCCGCGGCGGCCUCUCCCCGCACGAGCUCCCGUUUCAAUCAGGUCUUUUUUUUUUUUUUUUUUUUUUUUUUCUACACAGGAAAGGCGGCAGGGGGAUAUUUCUUGUGGUUUUGAUAUUUUUUUUUGUUGUUGUUGUUGUCGUUUUUCUUUUUUCCCCUGUUCCUUUUUUAAUCUCUCCAUCCACGGUGCGACACUCGUCCAGCCGCCGGCCUGCCCCGAGCUGGAUCCCGCCUCUCUGCCGUAGGUGCCUUGUGUCCGCGCGAGCCGAACGGCGACUCGCAGAGGGGCCGUCGGCCGCGAGCUGGCGCGGGGCCGUCCGCGGGAGGAGGGCUCCCCGUCCCGCCUUUGCCGGCUCCCGGGGUGCUUUUACCUCCGCAUCCUUCCUCCCUGCCGCCCUGGGAGAAGCCCCUGGAGCUGGGGGGUGGAGAAGGGGGGGCAAGCCGGGAAAGGACGCGGCCGGGUCGCCGGCGGCGGUGAGCCCCGCGGAGGGAGUCCUCGAGACGGUCUUGCAGGACCCGCGUUCAAACCUGCACCAAAGAUCAAACGCCGGCGGCUCCCCGGCGGGCGGGGGGCAACCUCGUGCGUCUCCGCUGAGCGAGGAGAAGCCCCUUUCUGUCCGGACUUGCGGAAAAAGGGACCUCGCGGGGCCACUCCGCCGCCGCCGGCCCCCCUCGCCCGACCCGCAGGAAGUGCCACCCUCGCACUGGGCUUUAACGAGACUCUUCCAAACACUGAACAUGGAAGAAGCAGCGAUGAGAUUUUUUUUUUGGGGGGGGGGGGGGGAGGGAGGGGGUAUAAAAAAAAAGUUUACUUUUUUUUUUUGGCAAUAUUUAUUGGUUGUAAAUAGAAGAGACAAUUGUACAUUUUACUAACCCAGCCUUCUCCUGCCCCGCAGUCCCUCUCCUUCCCCUUCCUUGUAUUUAAAGCCGCCGGGAGGGACGUUUGUAGCAGCUGGGUCCUCCUGCCGCGCGCGGGGGGCACCGGCCCCUCCGCCCUCCCCUUCUCCCUCCUUCCUUCACCACUAACAGCUCGAGCAGGGCGCGGAGCUGCUUACGUUUUAACCACUGUCAAAAACACUAACCAAAGGGGGACUGUUUCUGUUCCUGGACCUGCUGAUGACUCCGUCUCUUGUUUAAACACUUCCUUCCAGAGCAUCUUUUUUAUUAUUAUUUUUUUUUUCCUCCUCCCCGUUUCUUGUGCGUGUGUCCGUGCUGGUGUAACGCGGUCCAGGAGACCGGGCGGCACACGUUUGAGACGGCCGCCGUCGGGGCCGGGGGAGGGAGAGAGAGCGCCAGGCCCCGCGGCCGCGCAUCGCCGGGGCCCGCGCUGCGCAUGACGGGGGGGGGGGGGCCGGCGCCUCCCUGACGCCGCGGCACCGAGCUCGCCCCGCUCCCGCCGACCUUCGCCUCCUCUCCGCGGGCCACCCCCGCGGAGGCAGAAAGUGCCUGAGGUAAGAUCCCCGCUCCAGGGCCGCCCCGGCCCGGCCCGCGCCCCGGGGGAUUUUGUAACGCCGCGACGAAGGGGGCGCGCUGCCCGGUGCGCGACUUGUACACUGCAAUGUAAUUAGUCUUUGCAAUAAAACGCCGAUGCUCA